AUGUCGAUCGCUUUUUCCUUCGUCCCCCCUUCUUCCCAUUCUCUUUCUUCCCAUUCUCCUUCCACACCCAAAUCCCUCCCUACCAUUUCCUUCUCUUCAUCUUCUCUCCACCUCCGUCUCACUCCAUCUCCCUCUCCUUCUCUCCGCCUCAACCGCCGCAUAGAUCCUCUCUUCAUUCUCCAUUCCACCGAUUCCGACGGAGGCUUCGGCGGUCACGACGAUGGCGGCUCGUUCGGCGGACACGGCGGCGGCGGAGACGCCAAUGACGGAGAAAACAAUGACGGACAUAACGUAGUUAACGAGGCGCUGUUAUUGUUGGCGCAAGCAGGUAGGUCGUUGGAGAGUGUGCCGGCUGACCUAGCUUCUGCUAUCAAGGCAGGGAAGAUUCCUGCCUCCGUUGUUGCUCGGUUUCUCGAGCUUGAGAAGUCUCCGCUCAUGCAGUGGUUGCUUAAGUUUACCGGUUUCAGAGAGCGCCUUCUCGCUGACGAUCUCUUCCUUGCGAAGCUCGGUAUGGAGUGCGGCGUUGGCGUCAUUGCCAAGACUGCUGCUGAGUAUGAUCGCCGGAGAGAGAACUUUUUCAAUGAGCUUGAAAUUGUGUUCGCCGAUGUGGUCAUGGCAAUACUCGCAGAUUUCAUGCUAGUUUAUCUUCCUGCGCCUACUGUUUCUCUUAGACCACCACUGGGAGUUAGUGCAGGGGCUAUUUCUAAGUUUUUCCACAACUGUCCAGAUAAUGCAUUCCAGGUUGCUCUCUCUGGAACAUCAUAUUCUGUCUUGCAGAGAUUUGGUGCAAUUGUGCGUAAUGGGUCCAAGCUUUUUGCAGUUGGAACUGGCGCAUCACUGGUUGGGACAGCUGUGACGAAUGCCUUAAUUAAUGCAAAGAAGGCUGUUAACAAGUCUUCUGCAGAGGAAAUUGAAAAUGUUCCGAUAUUGUCCACCAGUGCUGCUUAUGGUGUUUAUAUGGCAGUGUCUAGCAACCUCAGGUACCAAGUUCUUGCGGGAGUUAUUGAACAGAGGGUUUUGGAACCUAUGUUGCACCAGCACAAACUUAUACUUGGUGCUCUUUGUUUUGCUGUUCGAACCGGCAAUACAUAUUUGGGUUCAUUAUUAUGGGUGGAUUAUGCUCGUUGGAUAGGAGUGCAGUAG